AUGGACCUUCAGGAUGAACUCCUACGAGAUUGGGACGACAGUGAUGUGGAAGCUCAAAAUGAAGCUGAGCAUGGUGGUGGCACUCAGGAAAUAGGAAAUGAUACCAAAAGCGAACAAGACCACCAAAAAACAGAAGAAAAUGACACCCUGAAUAACCCUUCACCACAACAAAAUUCCCAUUCAGACGAGUCUCUUCUAGAAUCUGUUCGCCAACUUCUUACCCAGAGAAGGCAGCACGAUAUACAAACCAAAUCCAUCACGAAAGAAGUUCCAAUUUUCACCUUUCUACCACAAUUGAGACAGCUGUUGGAGCGAUUUCGUGGUGGUUCAACAGACUAUAUGGAACUCUUAAACAGCAUAGAAAAGCCCGAAUCCAACGAAGAGUACCAGUUUGUGCUUGCUGUGAACGAUUUGGCAACGAUAAUCAACGACGAAAUUCGAUUUCUUCACUCUUUUGUCAAACACCAUUACAAGCUCGUUUUCCCCGAACUUGACUCAUUGGUUGCAUCUGCUAUAGAUUACGCCAAAAGCGUCCUUGUGCUCAAGCAGGACUUGGCACUGGUCCGCGACCACCGCGACGAGUUGGCUGGGUUUCUUUCCAGCGAGAAAAUCUUGCUUUUGACGAUGGCUGCGGUGCAAAAUGGUGAUCAUUUCAGGCUCAAUGAUUUCGAUAUCCGCCAGGUUCUCGACGGAUGUGUGAUGAUGGUGGAGCUAAGCUCGUUUUUGGACGAGUCUAGGACGUACAUUGCACUGAGAGUGCAAACAAUGUGUCCUAAUUUGGCGAAGUUAGUUGGUUCCGUUACUGCGUCUCAGCUACUCGUUGCAACCGGUUCGUUGCGCCAAUUGGCAGCGACUCCAGCAUGCAAUCUUGCAUCUUUGGGGGCCAGAGAAUACUCAGAUACCGACGAUAAUACCGCAAAAGGCGCUGUUCGCCAAACUGGAUACUUGUUUCAUUGUGAUCUCGUGAGGUUUCUUCCUCUAGAAGUUGUCAAACAAGCCAUGCGAAUUGUAAGCGGAAAAGUUGUGCUAGCCGCCCGUAUAGAUCUAGCAAGGACCAGUCCAGACGGCUCUGUUGGUGCUAGUUAUCGUCAAGAACUUCAUGAAAAAAUCGACAAGUUACUCACUCCUCCAGAGAACCGUGGAGACAAGGCACUUCCUGUUCCAGUGGACCAGAAACUGAAAAAACGAGGCGGAAGAAGGUUCAGGAAAAUGAAGGAGCGGUUCCAGAUGUCGGAAUUGCGCCGAGCACAGAAUCGGAUGCAAUUUGGAAAAGCUGAAGAUACAGUUUUGGACAGCUUUGGUAAUGAAGUUGGGUUGGGAAUGAGUGCUCGAGAAAAGAUUGCUGUUAAUGAGAAUACGGGUGCACGAAUGUCUAAGCGAAUGGCUGAGAGGAUAGGAGGAGACGACAAGAGACAAAAGCGAUAA